GCAGCACUUAACUCCUAAGGGGCUCUUUGAGGACUUUGUUCCAGAUUCGAAAAUCCGCUUAAGACCACUAUCUUUCGUUUUCCUAUCCUUGUCCUUCGCUAGCGCACUCUUUGCCUCUCGUUUGAUCCUCGGUCGAUCAUCCUGUGAACUCGUCCAAGGAUGGCCUUUCUUUCCUGGUAGACCCCGUCGUCUAUGUUUCAGCUGCUCGCCUCUCAUUACUUGUUUAUCUCUUCCUCUCCUUUAUUCCUGUUUUCUUCAGUCAAUUUGAUAUUUAUUCGAUCUCGAUGAACCACCAUGUCUGACAUCUUCGAUGCGCCACCCCCUCGACGGUCUUUAACCCUUCCGACCAAGCUGAACCCUUCCAUCCGACGCAGCUCUGAAUCGUAUAAACCAUCUGAGAAUGAUCUCUUCUAUCAUCCAUGUGCCAAAGUCGUCCAUUUCGCGCCUAGAGCUGUAGCCCCAAUUCCAUCGAGUACUGCACCGUCCGACUUCGAUUACCCGGUCGAUACCAUCGAGACGCUACCGUGGCGGUCGCCUACCGAACGGACGGUCGCGUUCGCGCCGUUGAGGCUGGAGAAAGUAUACGGAUUGACGGUGUUCUUGAAAUGCGGCAGCGUCGUUCACGCCAUUCUGAAGAACUCACAGUGUUGGUGUGUGGACCGGGAAUCCACCUUUGUUUUGCGCAUCCGCCCCCUCACAUACUACCGAAUCGAGCUUCCGAAUGAGACAGACCCGGACAAAGAGCUUGUCACUCAGAUGAAGGACGCGCUGUCAAAAAUCCUCCGCUAUGAAGUCACACCAUGUCCGUUCAAACGCGGCUUUACUGUGGAGAUACCAGAAGAGGCGAAGGCUCCUAGACGGAAGAGGGCAUGGCGCCCGAAAGGACAAAGGGAGAGUGCUCUCAUGCAGCCGGCUCACUCUCAGGAGACCUUCACUAUAUCAGAGGCCACAACUCCCGAUUCGCUUAGCGCAGCUGAAGACGUUAAUAUUGCUGCCACUGAUAAUUCGGGCUUCACCCCGGAGGCAAGCACGACGGAAUCAGAAACUCCAGAUAAUCGGGAGCAGCUGCCGGAGCCUAUUAAUAUCCCAGUCUCCACAGAAAUGCCGCGGAGAUCAGUAUCUGAGACACAACAGAGCUUCCAGACCUUGCUGGUGAGGUUUGAAGACACUGAAUCUCAUGAUAGCCCGGAACAGACACUUUCCUCGAGCAUUGAAUCUUUCCACUCCAUCGAUGUCACGCCGGAGCCAUCCCUGACACCUCCAUCUCCCGCCUCACCGGACGACACACAUCGGAUGUGGUACGGGCAUCGCGAGGUACAACCCUUGGGAGAGGAUUUCGCGUAUGCAGAGACUUUGCACGCCAGAGACCAGAUGUAUACGCCGCAAAAUUUAUAUCCUGAGCAAGAUCUCAAAUUACGGCGGACACCGGGUUCUUUCUCAAGCAUUCACAGCGCGACGUCCGCAUCUUCAAAUCCAGAUCUAAGUAGCAUGAGCAUCGAAUUUCGCCGCCGCUCAAAAGCAUCUUGCGAGCGGGAAACCGGGCCUGUGCGUCCACCAUCCACCCUAAUCUUGUCCAGACCCGAGAAACAUGAGGCAGCUUCCCUCAUUCAGAAGACCUGCACACUAGUUCUAGUACCCCCCCUAUCGCUACUCAUAGUCUUAAUACACAUCGCCGCACGGAUCGUUAUAGGUCCAGCGCUGGAUUCACCUGCCGGAGAGUUUCAUCGAAAGCUUGAACGGCAGACUUCUCGGCCUCAUGAGGCUGUGGAUGAUUUCGACCUUCCACUUGCACCAGACUGCUCUAGGAAGCCUUCCCUGACAAAAUAGGGUUCUCUAUACCUUGGAUUAUUACUAAUCCAUUGCAUUCCUUCCAAUCCACGUUUACAUCUUGCUCCAACUACUUCUCAUCCAUGAUAACGCCUUGCUAUGAUCACUUCUUUGGAUUCUUAUUCUUGUAUACCCUGCAUUUUGCGCUUCGCUUCCUUGCCUGUGUUUAUACGUUAUGUAUUUUAACAUCUCUCUAAUAGUUCUUAGUAAUGGCCAUAUGAUCAUA